GCAGCACUGGGACCGAGGGAGUGGCGCCAAACCAGCCGCCGGCACCGAGAGGGUUACAGGGGGCGGAGACGCUCCGGGACGCGCCGGUACCGGCACAGCCGGCGGUGGGUGCCCGGCCCCGGGGAAGCCCUGCCCGCUCCAUCCCCCCGCCACCCCCGGAGCCGCUGCCAUGGCCCCGGAGCCGCCGCUGCUUCAGCCCCGGCCACGGGGAGGCGGCGGGGGCGGCGGGACAGGGCGGCCCCGGCCGUAGGGAGCGGGGGAGGCGCUCCGGGCACCGGAGGAUGCUGCCGGCGACCGGGGGAGGCGAAACGCAUCGUUCCCCGGGCUGCGACAGCCGGAUUUGGGGUUACGGCUGCGGGAGAAGGGGAGAGGCCUCGCGGUUCCAGGGGGAUGCUGUGGGUGAUGCCCCGCUGAGCAUCGGGACGCGGGGGACCGCGGCGUUUCUGCAGCGCCGGAGCAGGGACAGGUGCCGCGAUGCCCAGGAACAGGGAUUUUUCGGAGCCCGAGUGCUCGGCCGAGUACUCCGCCGACUACUCGGUGAGCCUGCCGUCGGACCCCGAGCACGGCGUGGGUCGGACCCACGAGGUGACGGUGCGCAGCUCGGGCCCCUGCCUCUGCCUGCCUCGCUUCAUGCGCCUCACCUUCGCUCCCGAGUCUCUGGAGAACCUCUACCAGACUUAUUUCCGCCGUCAACGCCACGAAACCCUCCUGGUGCUGGUGGUCUUCGCCGCCCUCUUCGACUGCUACGUCCUCAUCAUGUGCGCCGUGGUUUACAGCGCUGAUAAACUGGCCCCGGUGCUGGCGGCGGUGGCCGGGCUGGUCGCCCACGUCUUGCUCUUCAUCCUCUGCAAGUACCGGCUGCUCCCCGAGCGGGUGACCCGCAGGUUCCUGCCUUAUGUCCUCUGGGUCCUCAUCUUGGCCCAAAUCUUCUGCUACUUGGGGCUCAACUUCUCCCGCUCGCCCGAGGCCAGCGACACGGUGGGUUGGCAAGCGUUCUUCGUCUUCUCCUUCUUCAUCACCCUGCCGCUGCGCCUGGCGCCCAUCGUGCUCAUCACCGCCGUCUCUUGCGGCAUCCACACGCUGGUGCUCGGUGUCACUGUCGCCCAGCAGCAGCAGGACGCCCUGGACGAGGGGACGCUGCUGAGACAGAUCCUGUCCAACGUUGCCAUCUACCUUUGUGCCAUCACGGUGGGCACCAUGUCCUACUACAUGGCGGACCGCAAGCACCGCAAAGCCUUCCUGGAGGCGCGCCAGUCCCUGGAGGUGAAGCUCAACCUGGAGGAGCAGAGCCAGCAGCAGGAGCGGCUGAUGCUCUCCAUCCUGCCCAAGCACGUGGCCGACGAGAUGCUGAAGGACAUGAAGAAAGACCCGAGCCAGAAGGAGAUGCAACAGUUCAACACCAUGUACAUGUACCGCCACGAGAACGUCAGCAUCCUCUUCGCCGACAUCGUGGGCUUCACCCAGCUCUCCUCGUCCUGCAGCGCCCAGGAGCUGGUGAAGCUCCUCAACGAGCUCUUCGCCCGCUUCGACAAGUUGGCAGCUAAACACCACCAGCUGCGCAUCAAGAUCCUGGGUGACUGUUACUACUGCAUCUGCGGGCUGCCCGAGUACCGGGAGGACCACGCCGUCUGCUCCAUCAUGAUGGGCUUGGCCAUGGUGGAGGCCAUCUCCUACGUGCGGGAGAAGACCAAGACGGCGGUGGACAUGCGGGUGGGGGUGCACAGCGGGACGGUGCUGGGGGGGGUGCUGGGCCAGAAGCGCUGGCAGUACGACGUGUGGUCCACCGAUGUCACCGUGGCCAACAAGAUGGAGGCAGGUGGCAUCCCCGGGCGGGUGCACAUCUCGCAGAGCACCAUGGAUUGCCUGAAGGGCGAGUUUGAGGUGGAACCGGGAGAAGGUGGCACCCGCUGUGAGUACCUGAAGGAGAAGGGCAUCGUCACCUACCUCGUGGUGGUCCCCAAGCAGCCCCUGCGCAACGGCAUCAACGGCGUGAAGCUGUCGCUGACCUCUUCCCAUGGUGGUUCCCCACCGUUGGUCAACACCAAGGAACUCAACGGCAGCCUCAGCCCUGAGGAGUCCGAGGAGCCUGAUGCCAGGGUGAGGGGCACCCUGGAGAGCGGGGAGGAGGAUGGCGAGGCGGUGAACCCCUCCUUCCCCAACCCUCGGCGGCGGCUGCGCCUGCGGGACCUGGCCGAGCGGGUGAUGGACGCCUCACAGAACGAGCAGGAGCUCAACAAGCUACUCAACGAAGCUUUGCUGGAGCGCGAGUCCAUCCAGGCGCUGAAGGGGAAGAGCACCUUCCGGCUCUCCAUGCGCUUCAUUGACCCCGAAAUGGAGACGCGCUACUCAGUGGAGAAGGAGAAGCAGAGCGGAGCUGCCUUCAGCUGCUCUUGCGUUGUCCUUUUCUUCACCGCCUUGGUGGAGGUCUUCAUCGACCCCUGGUUGGUGGCCAACUACGUGACCUUUGUGGUGGGGGAGGUCCUACUGCUCAUCCUCACCCUCUGCUCCUUGGCUGCCAUCUUCCCCCGGGUCUUCCCCAAAAAACUCGUGGCCUUCUCCACCUGGAUUGACAGAACCCGCUGGGCACGCAACACCUGGGCCAUGGCCGCCAUCGUCAUCGUCACCAUGGCCGACAUUGUGGACAUGCUCAGCUGCUGGCAGGACCAUGGUGGGACAAGCAACAUGACGAUGGGGCCACCGUGGCCAGGUGGCUGCAGGGAGCAGCCCAAGUACUACAGCUACAUUGCGCUGCUGGCCUUGGUGGCCACCAUCAUGCUGGUGCAGGUCAGCCACAUGGUCAAGCUGACCCUCAUGGUGCUCAUCACCGGGGCCACUGGCACCGUCAACAUCUACGCCUGGGAGUAUAUCUUUGACCAGUACGACCGCCGCCGCGGCCAGCAAAGCGUGUCCUCACUGGUCCCCUCCAAGUACUCCAUGACGGCGAUGAUCUUCAUCGUGAUGCUCAGCUUCUACUACUUCUCUCGCCAUGUGGAGAAGCUGGCCAGGACCCUCUUCCUCUGGAAGAUCGAUGUCCACGACCAGAAGGAGCGGGUCUACGAGAUGCGGCGCUGGAAUGAGGCCCUUGUCACCAACAUGCUGCCCGAGCACGUGGCCCGGCACUUCCUGGGCUCCAAGAAGCGGGAUGAGGAGCUGUACAGCCAGUCCUACGAUGAGAUCGGUGUCAUGUUCGCUUCCCUCCCCAACUUUGCCGACUUCUACACAGAGGAGAGCAUCAACAACGGGGGCAUCGAGUGCCUGCGGUUCCUCAACGAGAUCAUCUCCGACUUCGAUGCGCUCCUGGAUGAACCCCAGUUCCGGUGCAUCACCAAAAUCAAAACCAUCGGCAGCACCUACAUGGCCGCUUCUGGAGUGACCCCCGAUGCCAACACCAAUGGCUACAGCACCAAGAAGGAGACCCUCUCGGAUAAGGAGCGCUGGCAGCACUUGGCCGACCUCGCCGACUUCGCCUUGGCCAUGAAGGUGACGCUGAUGAACAUCAACUACCAGUCCUUCAACAACUUCAUGCUCCGCAUAGGCAUGAACAAGGGGGCCGUGCUGGCGGGUGUCAUCGGCGCCCGCAAGCCGCACUACGACAUCUGGGGCAACACGGUGAACGUGGCCAGCAGGAUGGAGUCCACCGGUGUGAUGGGGAACAUACAGGUGGUGGAGGAGACUCACCUCAUCCUGAAGGAAUACGGGUUCCGCUUCGUGCGCCGGGGAGCCAUCUACGUCAAGGGCAAAGGGGAGCUGCUCACCUUCUUCCUGAAGGGCCGGGAGAAGCAGGGCUCCUUCCUCAACGGCUCCUCCGUCACCCUGCCCCACCAGGUGGUGGACAGCUCCUGAGUGAGGGUCCCGUGCCCACCCGCCACCACCUCCUGGCACCGAGCCGGAGGGACAUACGGCAGCGGGGAACGUCCAUCCCACCGCAGUCCAGACCUGAAACCAAACUGGAGACACCAACCCCUUCGCAUGCCGGAGGUUUCUCCUGGGGGAUUCGCUCCGUCGCAGGAGGGGGACAUGAGGCCACCCUGGUGGGAUCCUCCGAACGGUCACGCUCACGCACAAGCUCGCAGACAUGGGGCUGGGGACAUGUUGCCUGUCCCCGGGUGUCCCAGGCUUCACCAGGCAAGUGGUGACACCAUUGAGGGGACAGCACGGACAUUAAAGUAGCAUCAUGGACCGGCCCCGGCCACCAUGCGCUCGGCAUGAGGAGAUCCAAACUCAGGGCCGGCUGGGAAGCCACCACAUCGCUCCUGCGUGCCAGGAGCUCCGAAGCAGGAGCAUCAUCCGGGGUCUUGCUGUUGGUAUCAAGUUCAUCCUCGUCACAAAGCACCGUAGGUAAAGCGGGGAGAUGGAGAGUGCAGCGCCGCCUCGGAAGAAAAAAAGAACCAAUAUUGUGUAUUUCAGAUAUAUAAAUAUAUAUAAUAUAAGAUAGAGAUGGACAUUUAUAUUUUUAACUGUGCCUGUUCCCUCCCCGCGCUCGUCUGGACGCUGCUGUCACUUACUGUCACUUGAUGGAGGAGCAGGGACCGGCCCAGGAGCGGACGGGGGUGUAAAACCCGAUGGCGCCAGGGCCUGGGGGAGGCUGGAACCCUCAGAGUGUAAUUAUGCCGCUAAUUUCUUGAAUAGAAGCAGCUGAAUUUCA